UUUAACUUUUAGUUAGUAUUUAUUAUUAAAUGUUGCCGCUGACCAACUUGCUGUUGGAAUAUUGGUGUACAGGCUCCGGCUAUGUAGUGAAAACAAAAGAAUGGGAAGGGACUAACGUUUGGAAAGAGGUCGUAGAACAUUUACGAUUUUUACGGGAGCGUUGUGAGUAGCGAAAUUCGUUAUAUUUUGUGCAUUUUACUGUUUUUAACUGCGUUUAAAAUAGCGACUGUUAACGAUAGUAUGUUCCAAAAAAUAGUCGGAGCCGUUAGUGGAACAACAAACCUCGAACCGUUUGUUUGCAAGUAGUUUUUCCAUUUAAACGAGCUGGUAGUCAGCUUCGUUGCAGGUGCAUGGUGAAAUCUGACGCAAAAACCAGAAUGAACGUGGGUGUGGCACACAGUGAGGUGAACCCAAACACCCGGGUGAUGAACAGUCGAGGGAUUUGGUUGACGUAUGCGCUUGGAGUUGGAGUACUUCACAUUGUGCUUUUGAGCAUACCUUUCUUCAGUGUUCCUGUGGUGUGGACUUUAACCAACGUCAUUCACAACUUGGGCAUGUAUGUGUUCAUGCAUGCAGUGAAAGGUACACCUUUUGAGACCCCCGACCAGGGAAAAGCCAGGCUUCUGACUCACUGGGAGCAGCUCGACGGCGGCGUGCAGUUCACUUCCUCUAGAAAGUUCUUCACCAUUUCCCCCAUCAUUCUAUACUUUCUAGCAAGUUUCUACACAAAAUACAACACGACCCACUUCGUCAUCAACACCGUGUCACUUUUGAGCGUCCUCAUCCCCAAGCUGCCACAGCUGCACGGCGUGAGAAUUUUGGGCAUCAACAAGUAUUAAAUGCUGUGCCUGUCAGCAUUACCAGUGUUUUGUGUUGUUUGUACUGCCAAUUUGUGUACUAAAUCAUAGAAGCUGGCGUUUAGGUCUACGAGGUUUGGAAAAGCCAGUAGGUGUUUUCAGAUGCCAUGUGCAUUACUAACUUAUGUGAGUAUUUAAUUGUGUUUUUGACCUUCUUUGACCCGGGCUGGCCCAGGCAUCAACAGGCUUUUUGUUGACCCAAAUUUGCCUUUUUUCUUUUGUCACAUGGUGACAGAUUUUAUGAGUAUUGUAGCCACAAGGAUGCUAUGAAGUAUUUUCAAAGGUGUUAAUUAUCUGUUGGUGGAACUCUAUGGCUCACUUCAAUGUUGUCAUGGGCGUUACCCUAAAAAACCCAUUAUUUGCAUGAUUUCAUUAUGUUAAACAAAAUGGUCAUCUUGUUUCAUUGUCCUGCUUUUUUGAUGUGUGUCCAUUGUUUAGUGAGAGGUUUACAGUCGGUGUGGGAACCACUACAAACAUGCAGCUGCUCCCUGUAGGUUGGACUUUAGCUAUAGUCGAAGCAGCGAGUUCUGCUUUGUUUGGCCAUAGCUGAAGGGGAUAUUUCUUGCUCCUAAUCUUUAAUAAAACGUGUCUGUCUGCUAGA